CGAUCUUGUCUUGCUCCAUAUCCACCUUCCGCUCAUCGUCCAUCCUAUCUACUUCUUAUUUUAUCUAGUCAUCCAUCAUGAUUUUGAGGUAAUGAGCGACCUAGAACGAUUGCCUUCCCGACUGCCCUCACGAUGAUCGUCCGGUUAGGAACCAAAUACCAACCUCGACAACCUCAAUAACUCGUUAUUCACCACAAACUUGCAGAAUGAUUUCCACAGCGGCAGUCAAUACACCUGGAGCCAGCAUGAACCACUCCCCGGCGGUGCUUCCAACUGAUAUCCCCCGUCGACCAUCGCCGUGGCACGACAUUGCACAUUCUCUUUCCACUACCUCCUUGCCUCCCACCUCUCGUUGCGACUCUACCACAUCAUUGCCUACCCCUCCAUCCUCUGAUCCGUCUACGCCACCCAGCCAAACCCCCGUACUUUCCGCCUCACAGGCUUUCAAAGAAUGGGAGGAGCGUCUCUCUCAACCUGAUUCCGACGCUACCCGCCACCAGCUAGUCCAUCCCAAACGGUCGCCUACUCCCAAGCUGGCAGCAGAACGGGAUAAGAUGGGGUUCAUUGAGUACAAGCUCAAGCUGAUUAACCCCACCACUGAAAGAUUUGAGAGGCUUGUUACCCAGAUGAUGUGGAGGUUAAAGCAAGGGAAGAACGAGGCGAUUUAUGAGCUUGGGCUGGCAGAUGAUGGAACCGUCGUCGGAUUGACUCGAGCCGAAAUGGACGCUUCGCUCCGGACUCUUGAGCUUAUGGCUUCAGAAGUAGGAGCUACGGUCAUCGUAUUGAAGGAAAUCGUCUUAAACGGACUUGCUUCACAGCAGCCAACCGCCUCGAUUGAAACCAUAACAGCCCUUCCACCUUCUGAUGUUUUGAGUCAUUCCAAACUCCUUACCAAUGGGUGGACUGCGAAGCGACCCGAUCUGGAUGAGGACGGUCAACCGAGAAGAGGGAACGGUAUACCGGACUCACAUGGAAAGGGAAGGAGAAGCAAGAGGGAGAAGAAGAAGAAAAAGGAGACGAGGUCGCAAAUGGAGUUGAAGCAAAAAUCUGAGGGAGAUGGCGAGAUUGUAGAUUCUACAAGGGAUUGCUCUAUGUCAAGUGCUGCCAGUCUCAGCACCGAUACCGACUCCUCAUUUCAGUUCGACAAUGACGAAUCACCCCCCAAUGAUUUACAUCAGCACCAGUCUAUUCUCUCCCCCGCACUUUUUCCUCGCAAGAUAAUCAAUCCUGUUAGUCCCAAAUCCGAUAAGAAGCGUCGCAAAUCGGCGGCGAAACAGGAGCAGAGACGUCUAGAUUUAUUAAGAGGGGAUGGCACAAACCCAAUGUGGGCCGAGAUAACCAGCCAAUCCUCAAAAUUCCCGGUUGAAUCACCCAAAGUUAACCUUCCGCACCAGCCAGCGAGACCAUCUUCGUUACGGCUUGCUACCCCUGCAGAGUGCCCAGACAAUUCGUUCGUCGAUGAUCUCCUGCAUGUGCCCCUUGACUCUUUAUCUCUCUCCUUCGCAGAUGUGCGCACGGUAUCCGGCACUAGCCCUAGGCAAUCUCACUAUCCACGUUUUCAUCCCCAUUCCACACAGUUAUCAAUUCCAAGCCCGAUUCGACCUCUGUCCCCUGUCUCAGACCACUCGGUAGCUGCCACCACAAAGACAGGAACCGAGACAGAGAUUGUUCUCCCACUGGACGAUGCUGCUCUGACAACAAACAAGAUUCUUCCUCCUCCACCUGGAGAGGAGCUCAUCUGCGUAGAGGCGUUAGUGGUCCGGAAAGUACAGCAUGAUCAUGAUAGAGAGGAUGAAGAUGAUGAAGCGGAGGAGGAGGAAAUGAAUGAUUGGGGAUAUGGAGGAGAGGAGGAUGUUUGGGGUUUUGGAGCGGAAGAAGAUUAAACUAACUAAGCAACUGUAUCGAUAAGCGAAUUAUAAGAAAAGGCAUGGUCAUGCUGUCAAAAAAAGGCGUAUAUGCAUUGCAAGU